UCACAAUAAUAAUGUUUUCAUUAAUUGCAGGAAUGGCAACAUCACCUUCAUCAUCCUCAACUUUUAUCAAGAACAAAUCACCCUUCCCUAAUUGUGACCAAUUCCAUCAUCCCCCCUCCUUCAUCAAUAUUACUAAUUAUCCAAAAUUGGCGCCGUCGCCGCUGUCGCGGGUGGCUCUCCGGAACCGGCUCAUCUCUUCCUCAUCCCGGAGGUUCCGUGUGGGAGGAAUGCCGCCAACCACCACCGUGUAUUCGGGCAAUGAAAAAUGGGGUGAAAAUGAAGAAAAUGGAACAGCCAAAUUGCCCGGUGGCCUCUGCCCGGAACACGUUGCCGUAAUCAUGGACGGACAUGGAAGGUGGGCCGAGGAGAGAGGGUUGUCGACGAAAGAAGGCCACUUUGCUGGAGGCAAAAGCCUUGAAAGGCUUAUACGGACCGCAUUCGCUUUCGGAAUCAAGUUUCUUACUGUCUAUAUGUUUUCUAAUGAAAAUUGGAAACGAUCCAAGGUGGAAACUGACUACUUGAUUAAGGGCAUUGAGGACGCGAUAGCAUCAUAUCUGAUUCACGAAAUAAAAAGUCAAAACUUGCGCAUCUCAGUCAUUGGCGAAAGAUCUAAAUUGCCUCCAUCAAUGCAAUCAAAAAUAUCUCAUGUUGAAGAAUUGAGCAAAUCAAACAAGGGGAUGCAUCUCGUGGUGGCGAUUAGCUACAGCGGUCGUCUCGAUAUUGUACAAGCAACAAAGAGAAUUGCAAUCAAAGUGAGAGACGGAAUUUUACAAGAAAACGAUAUAAACGAUGAUGUAGUACAGCAAUACCUCAUGACAAGUCUCAUCGAAGUCCCCGAUCCCGAUUUGCUCAUAAGGACUAGUGGCGAACAAAGGUUGAGCAACUUCUUGUUGUGGCAAUUGGCCUACACGGAAUUCUAUUUCAUCGAAAAAAAAUUCCCUGACUUUGAUGAGGCAAACUUCGCCGAGGCCUUGAAUUUUUUCCAACACCGGAAAAGACGGUACGGCGCACGUGAAGAAAAUAAUGCAGCUUGUUAAUUUUAUAAGAUAUAAAUCUUGUAAGAAUUGAA